AUGGCGACAAGUGUCAUCAUUAGAGACGUCGCCGGAUACGCAGCCCCAGCUGCACCACCGGCCCAACGCGAGAGCCAGUCCUUCAGUUCAUCUGGCGAAUACUAUAUGGUCUUGUCCAGCGGCGAGCAAGAGCAGAACAGCGCAGCUGUGAACGCACCCACGUUGGAAGAGAAGCUCGCAGCCUACCAGGCACGCAAGGAGAGGAAGAGACAACAGCGACAGCGAAAGACAUCCAUGGCAAGUGAGAAGAGACAGAUGUUCAAUCGCGAGAUGGAGAAGACGUACACAGAGCAGCAGGCGAUGGAAGAGCUUCUGCACGACCCUCCCUCCAAGGACUCCCCGUGGGGCCCAGCAGUAGAGCGAUACCUUUCAAGCGCGUCGGAGAGCUCCAUGUGCAGCCAGUCUUCGGUGAAUUCUGUCGUGCACGAGCAGGUUGCAUUGGUUUAUUCUGGCUGCAAGUCCGCGACUCGUGGUGACGGGAGUGGGGGUGUAGGUUGCAUUUCCGUGAUUGCGACCAUGGUGCAUGGUCUUAUACAUAAUGCGCAGUGCAGCUCUUUCUUGUGCAUGAGUUGCAGGGCACUACCGCGGUGGAAGCACAUCUCAUUAAUUUGGCACGCACACCCUCGGGGGAAGGUUAAAUCACACAAUAUAUCGUAA